AUUGACUUGAACUUCAAUUUAAGUAGCUUGGAUACAAAGUUUAUCCGUCCGGCUGCAAAUACAGGUUAGGCAGCUAGCUAAUCCCAGGAGAUAACCGUUAGCUAAUCCGCGUGCCACUUGCUAAUACUUUCACACCUCUGCUGCUCACCGUGGAGGAGGAGGAGUGUCUUCUACUCGCACAUCCGUGAAGAGACGGUCUUUUUCAGAGGCUCUGCUCACACGGCUGGUUGGGGGGACUCUCACAAUGAGAACCAACUUUGACGCAAACUCCGUGGAGUCACGACACGGACUUCUCCUAAAAGUACGCUGGACAAACUUCAAGCAGUGAAACGAGGCUGAAACUCGCCUGCAAAAGUUUCGCCGGACACUCGGGGCAUGAGACCUCGACCAAACUUUGCGACACGAUGGCAGCUUGCAGAAGACGGAACAGACCCAAGUUACUCGUUUUCCUCUUGGGUGCCACUUUAGUGGGAUAUGUGAUAUUUGUAAGGCACAACUCCGGGGACGUGGACGCCACGAAUCGACGGGAAGCCCCCGGAGAGGUGGACAAUGAGCUGCUCAAGAAACCCGUCUACGAGAAGCCCCCCUUAGAUUUAAAUGCCCUGGGAGAAAUGGGCAAAGCUGUGAAGCUGAAGCUGAACGAAGAGGAGAAAAAGAAAGAGGAGGAAAGUCUCAAAAAGCACCAGGUUAACGUUUAUGUCAGUGAUAAAGUGUCACUACACCGCAGGCUGCCUGAGAGAUGGAACCCACUCUGCAGAGAGCUGAAGUACGACUACAGGUCCUUACCGACGACUUCCGUGGUGAUCGCCUUUUACAACGAGGCCUGGUCGACCCUCCUCAGGACGGUCCACAGUGUGCUGGAGACUUCUCCUGACAUCCUGCUGACGGAGGUGGUGCUGGUGGAUGACUACAGUGACAGAGCUCAUCUGAAGGAGCCAUUGGAGAAGUACAUCUCAGGUUUGAGAAAGGUGCGUCUCAUCCGGGCCACAAAGAGGGAGGGACUGGUGCGGGCCCGGUUGCUCGGGGCAUCCAUUACCACAGGUGAUGUGCUGACCUUCCUGGAUUGCCACUGCGAGUGUCAUGAGGGCUGGUUAGAGCCCCUGCUUCAAAGGAUCAAAGAGGAGCCAAAAGCUGUCGUGUGUCCUGUCAUUGACGUGAUUGACUGGAACACCUUCCAGUAUUUAGGCAACUCCGGAGAACCUCAGAUUGGAGGGUUUGACUGGCGGUUGGUCUUCACCUGGCACACUGUCCCAGAGUAUGAGCAGAAACGCCGUCGCUCACCCACUGAUGUGAUCAGGUCUCCGACUAUGGCAGGGGGGCUGUUUUCUGUGGGCAGGAAAUACUUUCAUUACCUGGGGACAUAUGACACAGGGAUGGAAGUGUGGGGAGGAGAGAACCUGGAAUUCUCUUUUAGGAUUUGGCAAUGUGGAGGCAGCCUGGAGAUCCACCCAUGCUCCCAUGUGGGUCACGUGUUCCCAAAAAAGCCCCCUUACUCACGAAGCAAGGCGCUGGCAAACAGUGUGAGAGCGGCUGAGGUCUGGAUGGAUGAAUACAAGGAGAUCUACUACCACAGAAACCCCCACGCACGACUGGAGGCCUUUGGAGAUGUGUCAGGGCGGAGGAUGCUCAGAGAGAAGCUGGGCUGUAAAAACUUCCAGUGGUAUCUGGAUAACAUUUAUCCAGACCUUCACAUCCCACAGGAUCGGCCAGGCAUGUUUGGAAUGCUGAAGAACCGGGGCAAGACCAACUACUGUUUUGACUAUAACCCUGCAGAUGAACACAUGCUGGUGGGCCAAAGGGUCAUCCUCUACCCAUGUCACGGCAUGGGUCAGAACCAGUUUUUUGAAUACUCUUCGUACGGUGAGAUCCGUUAUAACGCGAGGGAACCUGCUGGAUGCGUUGCGGGUGAUAACGUCAGUACCUACCUGACUGUCCAGCUGUGCAAAAAACUAGGACAGAAUGUACCAACGGACCAGAAAUUUGUUUUCGACAAGGAUGGGAGAUUUGUCCAUGUCCAGAGCCAGAAGUGUAUUCAGGCAGCGGACAAGACAGACAAUGGAACACCAGCCCCCUCACUCCAACCCUGCUCUGACAGCCCUCACCAAAAGUGGUUCUUUGAAGAGAGAAUGUAAUAUUAUGAACCUACAGUUUUAGCGAUUAUGUGUUGUUGUUUUUUUUCAGGCAUUUUGCAAUUAAAUCCACUCACAUCAUGAAAAGGAGUAUGAGCAGAUGUAAUUGCAAAAUGUUUUUGGAUACGUUUGCCUUGCUCUGAAAGGAGCCCAAAGGAGGACGCUUUUAUGCUUCCUUCUAAACUUAAGCCUUUGCACAUUUUUGUGCCAGCUGGAUGCAACGGACCAAUUGUAAGUUGAUAAAUAAGUGCUUUUUUCUGAAGAACUUUGUACAUUUACAGUUUACAUUUCUGGGACACCGGGACCCACUGGAAUAGGCGUUAUUUUUCUAAUCAAGAAGAUGUCUAAGAAUUGACAGCUACACAUGCUGACAUCUUUCAUUCUUCACACCACUGCUGCUGCGGUCUUUGACAGGGAGAUCAGUUGAGUCCCUUUGCUUUAUGAAAACAUGGAUAGAGGCACACAGAAGCAUGUGCAUCCAACGACUGCUUCAAAAAUCUGUCAACAAACUCCGAGCCUCGUAUGAGCUAGUGGCUGGCGUUAGUGAUUUUUUCAGAGCCACGUCAUGAGGUGUUGUAUGGUGUUUGUGUCUUCGCCUGUAGAGGGGGCCAACGCUCCUCUGUGCGUUCCUUUCUGACGUUCUGUUCUCUAUUUGUCAGGCGAAAGUGGGACAAGUCUUCAGGUAUUUUAUUAAGAACCUUUUCAGGACAUUAUGAGUGCUUGCUACUCCUACAUAGUGGCAGAUGAUGGGCAUUAUGCAAGUACUUAGGACCUCUUCAACUUAAUCACCUAACUACUGAUAACGGGAGAAACUCCAGUCUUACUCUGUUCUGCUUUGAAUCUAAUUAUUUUUAAAUUUAACUGAGGGUUAUUUUUCCAGCUUUUGUAGUCAUUUUUGUACUUUUUUUUCAACUUGUGUAAGUCUAUUUUGUGCUCUUAAAAUGAUAUGCAGCUUGGAAACACUCAAUCCUAGCCAUAUUUUAGGAAUUUAUUUUAUGUGUUGUCAACUAGGUUUGUUUAAAAUGAUGUAUUUUGGAGAUGAGACUAAUUAUUGUUGUUUCAAAGUUUCCCUACAGACAUAUCACACGGAAAUCAUAAAAAUAGAAUCUAAUUUCUCAUCCUACUUGGCCCUUGGAGCCGGUAGAAAGUGCCUGAUAUAAAGAAAAAAAGUAGUAUAUUUAAAAUAUAAUUCUCGGAAUGGAAAGAAUGCUUUUAAUGAAUGUAUAUAGUCACACCAUGAGACGGGAAGAGUGCAGUUGCUAGGGUGGUGACAAAGUGUCUGCAUACGUAAGCACAGGCAUGGAGGCAUUGCCUUGGGAGUAUGUAUCUUACUCUGGUGUGUUGUACCGAUUCGUGCUCAUCCGUUAUAAACAGACAACUAUAGAUCUGAGCCAGAGUCGUGGUCACUUGUGUGGCUGUCCCUCAGGCUAAGCAGUGGGACUAAGGGAAUCGCAGCGAAAGAGGAGACAGUUGUUGGUGUCUCCAGAGUGCUGGGAUGCCAGAUGGCUUCCUGAUUGAUUUUCUGGUCCGUUCCCAAUUCUUUAUCACCCCUCUUUUCCUUUCUGUAUCAGAGUUGCACUGUGGAGGACUUAUCUUUUGGACCUGUGCCAGCCAAGUCCUCCUCAGAUGAGCACUUGUGUACUGGUGUGCUUGAGGUGUGAUUUUAUGAUCGGAAGUCGUCAAGAGUGCAGUUUUUGACAGCCGGACCAGGUGAUGGAGGAGACCGAAUGAAGCAAUUUGUGACCUCUUCCUUAACAUUAACCUUCACAGGCUGCUGGCCAUCGGUCUCAAAGGAGUUGUUUGGAAUUGAUGUUGGGGGACGGCUGUGCUGAAAUAAUUUUUUUUGCAAUUGAUUCAGAAUGUAUACUCACAAAUAAAAUAAAUGAGAGAUAGAAAAAGCAGAAAAUACAGACAUGCUGGAGUAUAGACGUUAUUCCUGGGUUUAUAUUUCUAGUAGCUGAUAGAAGCUUUUCCUUUGGAUUAUGGUAUCAAGACAAUAAAUGAAAUGGACAGAAUGACUAAUGGGAAUAAUAUGGUCACACAAAAGGAGGGAAGGGUCAUCUGUGUGUGUUCGGUGACAGUGGGUGCACUAUAUGCAUACGAGAAGUAACAGGUUGAGCAAUCUUUGUUCUCUUAGCUUACCAUGAAGCUUUCUGUGUGCACCAUCCAUGACGCGUCACAUUCACCAGGAUCAGGUGAAAUUGCCCUUUUAAUAGUGUGCCCAUGCUUUAUGUAUUGAACACUUAAGAAGUGACAGCUUUUCCAUUUUGACCAGUUUAUGUCUUUAGCCUGAGUGCAGUAUAAAUAUUCUAUCCUGUUAUUAAAAAGGGUUAUUUAUUGUCGCCCGCGCCCAUCUGUUAUUCCAGCCAUGUCCUACAUAGUAAAGCAUUUUUACUGUGGCGUUAUUUUGUAUGCUAAUUUGAUAUUGUACACGUUGCAGGAAUGAAAUCCCUGUUUAGGAUCAUAUCUCUGCGGCAGGUCAGAGUUUUUCCCUCUGUCAUAAACACAUAUUUUUCUAAGAAUCUGAUGAAGUACUUGAUCUUGUAAAGUGUUGAAUUUUAUUGUCGACCAGCCCUAAUGCACCAUGCAGAGAUGUUUUUGAAAAGCAUGUUGGUAUCUUCUGUGUGUAAUGGUAAACAAUUCCCAGCAGAGACACCAUAAUUAUUUAAGAGGUAAACAAAUAAUAAUGCUGGAAUUCGACACGGUGUCUGAUGCAUUCAUGCUGUUCGUAACUCCAGUGGCCUUGUAUUGUAAUUAGGUAAAAAUUAAUUAUUUUUAUAUUUGUAAGUAAUGUCACAUGUUUGCUAUUAUGUCUUUUGUUUAUAAUAUUGUCUAUCGACAUUGGAAUCUUAUUUCAAAAACUAAAAAUAUUUUUAAUCUGUU